GGACGACUGCAGACAUGGCCCCCAUAAAAACGUCUUGGAACCGCCUCAUCCGCUUCGUUGCGGCAGAGACGUCUCAGGUGCACAUCGGCGAGCCUGUAGACCGCUGGCAAGAUGUCGGUCUCGCGUCCCACAAGAAACAGACGAUCAAAGCGUAUGAGAUCGUCGGCUCCGCGCUCGACCCUGCCGCACAGGUCACGAACAACGUCCUCACCGUGAAGCAACUUCUCCCCCCUCUCACACGCGAGCAGAUUGGCGUCGUGCGCUGCCUGGGCCUCAACUACGGCGACCACGCGGCGGAGGCCGGCCUGGCGAAGCCCAAGUACCCCAUCCUCUUCUAUAAGCCCCCCGCCGCACUCAUCGGCCCCGACGCCCCCAUCACGAUCCCGAAGGUCACGCAGCCCGUGGACCAACACCUGCCCGACUACGAGGUCGAGCUCACAAUCGUCAUCGGCAAGGCCGCGAAGAACGUGUCUGAGGCGGACGCGCUCGACUAUGUGAUCGGCUACACAGGCGCGAACGACAUGUCGUUCCGGUACCACCAGAUGGCCGUCUCGCAGUGGGGCUUCUCGAAGGGCUACGACGAUGCGACGCCGAUUGGUCCCUGUCUCGUCUCGACGACUGCUAUCCCCGACCCGCAGCGGCUCGGGCUCAAGUGUACGUUGAAUGGAAAGGUCAUGCAGGACGGCACCACCGCCGACCAGCUCUUCAGCGUCCGCCAAACCGUGGCGUUUCUCUCCCAGGGGACGACCCUCCACCCGGGCUCGGUCAUCAUGACCGGCACGCCUAAGGGCGUCGGCUUCGCGAAAAAGCCGGCCGUAUAUCUCAAGCACGGCGACCAGGUUACGGUCUGGGUCGACGGCGGUAUCGGCACGCUCGUUAACGACGUCGUCGAGGAAGGCAAGGGUGCUAUUAAGGCCAAGUUGUAGAUGUCUAUAUUGGAUUACAGGAAUUGUAGUAUGGUACGCUAGGACAGCAAUGUAUGAUAUGCAAGUAGUGCAGAAGUGUCAAAGCAACGCGUGUCUAGUUC